AAGUCCAAUCCUGUUGUCUGUUCAGUAGACAAGCCAGCAAGGGGAGUGCCUGAUCAUUGGUCCAAAGUGCAAGAAUGAGACGGUUUAUUAGACUUUUCACCUGACUGACCAUAUGAUAUCAGUAAAAUUAGCGACUCUUGAUUGACUUUAAUAUAUUUGCAGAUUUGGUUGUGCAACAUUGUUGUUGGCUUGUGGUUAUUUUGCAUUUGCAGAGUCAGUAAUCACUGGUGAUCAGAUGAGACUUCCUCUUCACUCCUUGUCUCUCAUCUCGAGGAGCUUGUCUGAUAGGCUGUCUGCUAUCCCCGGUAGGCGGGGAGUGUGUGGCGCUGCGAUGCGAUUGGUGCAGUUCUGCCGCCAAGGCGAUGAGGGAGGGGUUAGAGUCGGCGUUGAUCGGGGGGAGGGGCUAGGGGUCGUUGACCUUAAGGCCUUUGACCCUUCGAUGCCCAUGACAAUGAGAGAGCUGCUGGAGAUGGGAGCGAAGGGCAUGCAGUGUGCACAGAGGGCACUGGAGGUUAGUCCUGCUCAGUGUGUGGUUCCCUUUGCGGAGGUGAGGCUGCUGUCCCCAGUCCUAGCCCCAGAGAAAGUGGUGUGUGUGGGGAUGAACUACCGGGACCACUGCCUUGAGCAGAACGCCCCUAUCCCUAAAGAGCCAAUCAUCUUCAGCAAGUUCCCCAGCGCCAUUACUGGGCCCUUUGAUGACAUCACACUGCCUGACGAGAGCCAGGAGGUGGACUGGGAGGUGGAGCUAGCCUUUGUGAUUGGACGAAAGGGGAAACACAUUAAGGAAGAGGAUGCUAUGUCUUACGUGGCAGGUUUCACCGUUGCCAACGAUGUCAGCGCACGUGAUUGGCAGAUGAAACGCAACGGGAACCAGUGGCUGCUGGGAAAAACCUUUGACAGCUUUUGUCCUCUCGGCCCCGCCUUAGUGACCACCUCCGCUGUGACGGACCCCCAUAACCUGGGUAUCCGCUGUCUGGUAAAUGGAGUUGCAGUCCAGAACAGCAACACUGACCAGCUGAUCUUUAAGACUGAGCAAGUGGUGGCCUGGGUCUCACAGUUUGUGACGUUGUCUCCAGGUGACGUGUUUCUGACGGGGACUCCUCCAGGUGUGGGUGUGUUCAGGAACCCACCUGUCUUCCUCAAGAAAGGAGAUGUGGUGGAAUGUCAAAUAGACCAGGUCGGGGUCAUACGCAACAAUGUUGUCUGAAUUCUAACCUAUGAAACAGCCAGCCUAUUGGACAGCUCUCUCUUCAAUCUUGAUUCAGCUCUCUUUGGACCCAAGUGUCAUUAAUCUAGUCUACUAUAAAUCAGAUCUAAUCCAUGUUUGAAAGGCUUUGUUUACACAGGAAGCUCAAUUAUUAUAUUUUUCCCAAUUAUUGGCAAAAGCUCUAAUCUGAUUGGUCAAAUGAUCCAAAUUAGACUGCCUGUGUAAACAGCCAAAGAUGGUGAAUUAGGUUUGUAAACUAUCAAUCUAACUGAAGUUGCAAUUUUUUGUGGAUUGUCUAUAGAAUUGAAUAGAUUACUUUUAUAAAUGCAAGUUCUUUAUU